CCAAUUGGUUGCAAUAUUUCUGUUUGGAAUACCCAUAUGUUUCUGCAGACCGUAACUGUUCUCCUCGGCAGAUCCAAACUCUAGGCUGGGUUACUUACGUUUAUGGAAGAACAGCUGGAAAAAGCAGUCAGACUCAAUGAAUCCAGACCCCAAUCCAGUAGUAAAAAGUGUUUCUUCACCAAAACUUACUCAUAAGCCUAUUCAGCCUUUCAGUGAGGAUGUUUCAACGGAGUUUACCAAACAACAAGAAUUCGAAUACAAUAAUAACAAAAAAUAUCUUGUUCAAUGUAUCUUCUCUUCAACUGAACUACUGUCAAAGCUUUUUGACUAUUUAAACGAUUAUUCUGACGCUGCUCCGUACCUUUGGACAAAUGCACAUUUCACAAAAAACGAUGAGGACAAGAAUGUAAUAAAAGAACCAAGGCUCUUCGUUCUUGACACCGAGCUUGAUAUUGAUGUAGAGCGGGACCAUAUGGACGAUGUUUCCUCUAAAAUUGGAGAGAUUUCCAGUCGAAUUCUUCGUUCAAAAUUAAGCAAGGUUAUCCGUCAUCUCCAAGCACUACUGAACCGUGUAGAAGACACGUCUUCUAAAGUCCUCAUUACUGGUGACCUGAAUGCUGGAAAGUCAACGCUCUGUAAUUCUCUUGUACGACGAAAGAUUUUACCUGAAGAUCAACAACCGUGUACGGAGGUAUUCUGUGAAGUACUUGACUCCAGCGUGAAUGGAAAUCAGGAAGCAGUGCAUGCAAUCGCCCAUAAUUGUACAUACUCAGUAAGCGAUCCCAAAACGUAUACUGUGUUUCCCAUAUCAGCAUUGCAAACCCUGGUUUAUGAAACGGACAAUUGGGGUAUGCUAAAGGUGUAUAUUGACGACGGAAGACCGGCUUGUGAGAGUCUGCUUCACAAUGGAAUUAUGGAUGUCGCACUCAUUGAUGCCCCUGGUCUGAAUACUGAUUCAAUGAAGACAACAUCUGUCUUCGCUUGUCAGGAAGAGAUUGAUGUGAUAGUGUUUGUUGUGAAUGCUGAAAAUCACUUUACGCUUUCCGCAACUGAAUUUCUGAGGAAUGCUUCGGUAGAAAAGUCUCACAUAUUUAUUGUGGUUAAUAAGUUUGACAAUAUUCGUGACAAACAGCGUUGCAAACGCAUCAUUCUGUCUCAAAUAGAAGGUCUUUCUCGCGAAACCUACAACGAAGCUGAUGAUUUAAUUCAUUUCAUCAGUUGUAAAUCUUUGCAACAAGAUGCUGAUAGUGACUUUGGGAAAGAGCAAAAACAGGCAUUUUCAACAAUGGAAUCUGCGCUACGAUCAUUCAUACUCGAAAACCGCUCCAAGAGCAAGUUAGCGCCUGUACGCAAGUAUCUCAUGAAUCUUACUGCCGAUUGCUUGUUAAUCUCAGAAAAAAACUUGGAACGUUUGGAGCUCUUCGCUGAAAAGCUUUCCGAAACUAUUGAUAAAGCAAAACCACAACUUGAAGAGACCGAAAGUAAUCGAUCGCAAGUUCUUAGUGAGACAGAGGAGCUGGUUGAGAGUACGGUGAAUGAUGUCUCGAAACACACUCGGGUUGUGUUGCAGGAUGCAUUGGACAGCUUAGAUACGUGCGCGCAUAUAAAAUAUCCUGGUUUUCUGUUCGCUUAUCAAUAUGCAUUGCAGGUGCGGGAUAACAUGCGUAGUUACCUUCAAGAAAAACUCAUUUUAUGUGAAGAUUUUUCUCGCGAACAAACGACGGCAACUGUCCAACGGAUUCACUCUACGACUUUAAAGUAUUUCCCUAAUUUUUUGGCGCCUAGAUUUAAGGCAAAGAAUAUGUUUGCUAAAACACAUAAGCUGCAGCUACAGAAACAUUUUGUCUUUGACAUCGACAUUCUUGACUUUAUUGACUUGGACGUAACCGAACGCAUUGGCACAUGGGGUGCUUCAUUGAGCACGUUGGGUUUACUUUUGGGAAGAUAUCUCCUCAGCUAUGCCAGUGUAACUGGAGUUGCUCUCCCUGUCAUUUCUUCAUUACAAAACAUCAAUCCAGCGCGUUUGUUUAUCCCAGUUGCUGGACUGUCUAUUGCGGCAUUUCUUGCCUAUAUCAUUCAUGACAUACCCCGGGCACUGCCUAUGAAGCUUUCUCGAAAAAUACAUCGCUCUCUGCGCCGUUCCGAUUUUACUCACAAUACCAGCGUUUGGUUGAGUUUAGAAACAAGAAAGGUUUUAGGCUUUCCCCUCGAAGAGCUCCGUCGGUUGUUUCAGCAACAGCACAAGCAGCAAACCCAACGUCUUGAGGAAGCGACUAGGGACACGAGAAUGUGUAAAUACGCCCGCGACUUUUUCACAGACAUGAAGAAUCGGGCUACGAAUAUGGAACGUCGACUCUCCAAUAUACAGCUUGAGGGCUGCAUCAUAAAAUAUUAAGGAGACGUUCCUAAUGAAACUACGAUGUCUACCACUAGUUGAGAGGGGAUGAUUUGUUAUUAAGAAGACUAGCUAGUUCAACGAAGUAAGCGAGUAAAAAAUAAAUGCGAAGGAUGCAUUUUUUGGUUCCUUUUUACGCAGAUGCGUUUCGAGUUCGUUUUGAUUAAACAGAUAACUUAAUUCAAACGUCGUCCCGUACACCCUGGUUAACACCUGACACAUUUUUUCGCAAUUACGCUUUUUUCAAACAACGAUCGCAAGGUAAAAAUUGGUUCCAUAUAAAUUGUAUGUAACAUAUCAAUACGAAUAGAAAUAUUAUUCAGCAUAGCAAUAAUUUUACAAAAACCAAGGAAAAUACCCAAUAAAGCAGAAUAACGACACUAUUACGAAGAACAGAAGGGGAUUGUUUCUAAACGAUAGGGUCCUGCACUUCUGUCUCCCAUUUGUUCUCAUGAUAUUCAGUCAUAUGUAGCACCACCACCUUAAAGAAAGCAUUCCGACAACGCCUUUCUUAAGCUCAAAACCGUGUAUAUACAGUUCUCUAUAUUCAUUUACUGAUCAUUGUUUU